AUGCAGCAAGCCGGACUCACCCUCGUGGCUGCGGCUAUGUGUGUGGCUUUUCGAAACUCGGAAGCCAUACUUCCCAUAGCCUCCAGCUGUUGUACUGAAGUGUCUCAUCAUGUUUCCAGAAGACUUCUGGAAAGAGUGAGUUCGUGCAGCAUCCAGAGAGCAGACGGGGACUGUGACCUGGCUGCUGUCAUCCUUCAUGUUAAACGUAGAAGAAUCUGCGUCAGCCCGCACAAUCGUACUUUGAAGCAGUGGAUGAGAGCCCCAGAGGUGAAGAAGAAUGGCAAAGAAAACCUCUGCCCCAGAAAGAAACAACCCAGUAGGGUGGACAGAAAAGGGCACACCCCGAGAAAGCAUGGGACACCCGGAACGGAACGCGAGGCCACGAGGCCCCUCGUUAGAACAGAUGCGUGA